AUGUCAACAACAGCAUCAACAUCAUCAAAUAAUCUUACAUUUACAUCAAUUGUUAAAUCAUUUUUUGAGAGUUAUUCAAAGACUCCACAAAAAUUAAAGAUUAUUGAUCUUUUCCUUAUAUAUACUUUCAUUACUGGUGUAAUUGUAUUCACAUAUUGUUGUUUGGUUGGUACCUACCCAUUCAAUUCAUUUUUAGCUGCUUUCAUUUCAACUGUUGGUUGUUUUGUUUUAACAGUAUGUUUAAGAAUUCAAAUUAAUCCAAUUAACAAUUUUGGUAAAACCAUUUCAAUUGAAAGAGCAUUCACUGAUUAUCUUUUAUGCAAUUUAAUUCUUCACCUUGUUGUAUUCAAUUUCUUAGGUUAA